AUGUCUUACGGCGGUGGUGGUUACGGCGGCUCGCGUGGCGGCGGCAGCGGCGGCGGCGGCUACGGCGGUGGUAGCAAUGGCUACUCUGGCGGGUACGACAACUCGAGAUCCUAUGGACAAAGCUCUUAUGGCGACUUUUCAACCAGUCGCUCUUACGACGGUGGCAGAUCCGGCGGUUACGGCGGUGGCAGCCAAGGUGGUUACUCUGGUAGUGGUCAGGGUGGCUACGGCGGUGGCAGCCAGGGCGGCUACGGUGGUGGCAGCUACGGCGGCGGCCAAGGCGGCGACAGAAUGGGCCAGCUUGGUGCCGGCCUCAAGAGCCAGCAGUGGGACAUGAGCACCCUUCCCAAGUUCGAGAAAUCCUUCUACAAGGAGGCACCUACCGUCGCCGAGCGCUCUCAGGCCGACGUCGACGAGUUCCGCAAGACUCACCAGAUCGCCGUCCAGGGAAAGAACGUUCCCAAGCCCGUCGAGACCUUCGACGAGGCUGGUUUCCCCGGCUAUGUUAUCAACGAGGUCAAGGCCCAGGGCUUCGCCAACCCCACUCCCAUUCAGUGCCAAGGUUGGCCCAUGGCUCUCUCUGGUCGCGACGUGACCGGUAUUGCCGAGACCGGUUCCGGAAAGACCCUCACCUACUGUCUUCCCUCGAUCCUCGCUGUCCAGAUUCAGGCCGAAGUUAACAAGUUCGGCAAAUCGUCGCGCAUCCGCAACACCUGUGUCUACGGUGGUGUCCCCAAGGGUCAGCAAAUCAGAGAUCUCGCUCGCGGUGUCGAGGUGUGUAUCGCCACUCCCGGUCGUCUGAUCGACAUGCUCGAGUCUGGAAAGACCAACCUUCGCCGCGUCACCUACCUCGUUCUCGAUGAGGCUGAUCGCAUGCUCGAUAUGGGUUUCGAGCCCCAGAUCCGCAAGAUCAUUGGCCAGAUUCGCCCUGACCGUCAGACUUGCAUGUGGUCUGCUACCUGGCCCAAGGAGGUUCGCGCUCUCGCCCAGGAUUUCCAGCACGACUUCAUCCAGGUCAACGUUGGUUCCAUGGACCUUUCCGCCAACCACCGCAUCACUCAGGUCGUCGAGGUCGUUUCCGAGUUCGAGAAGCGCGACAAGAUGAUCAAGCACCUCGAGAAGAUCAUGGAGGACAAGGACAACAAGUGCCUCAUCUUCACCGGCACCAAGCGUGUCGCCGACGAGAUCACCCGCUUCCUCAGACAGGACGGCUGGCCGGCCCUGUCUAUCCACGGUGACAAGCAACAGCAGGAGCGUGACUGGGUUCUCAACGAAUUCAAGCAGGGCAAGAGUCCCAUCAUGGUUGCCACUGAUGUGGCUUCGCGUGGUAUCGAUGUUCGCAACAUUACCCACGUCCUCAACUACGACUACCCCAACAACUCUGAGGACUACAUCCACAGAAUCGGCCGUACCGGUCGUGCAGGUGCUAUGGGUACCGCCAUCACCUUCUUUACCACUGAGAACUCCAAGCAGGCUCGCGACCUUAUGGUCCGCUACGGUGGUGGCGGCGGUGGCCACGGUCGCUGGGGCGGUGGUCGUGGACGUGGUGGCGGUGGCCGCGGCCGUGGUGGCGGCUUCACCAGCUCUAACAACGCUCCCCUUGGUCGUGACUCUCGCUGGUAG